CCUGACUACAGAUUUGAACUAGCCAUACAGCUGGGUAAAUUAGAUAUUGCAAAGGAAAUUGCCGUAGUGGCACAGAGUGAGUCCAAAUGGAAGCAGUUGGGUGACCUAGCCAUGUCUAGUGGAAGGCUUGAGAUGGCAGAGGAGUGUUUGAAGCAUGCAAAUGACUUGAGUGGUUUGUUGCUACUCUAUUCUUCUCUAGGAGAUGCUGAAGGAAUAACUGAACUAGCUUCUUUUGCAAAAGAGCACGGGAAAAACAAUGUUGCAUUCCUUUGCAUGUUCCUGUUGGGUAAAGUGGACGAGUGCAUUCAGCUGUUGGUUGACAGCAAUCGGGUACCCGAGGCUGCAUUUAUGGCACGAUCUUAUCUGCCUAGUAAAGUUUCUGAAAUAGUAUCAAUUUGGAGAAAGGACCUCAGUAAGGUUAACCAGAAAGCUGCAGAAGCAUUGGCUGAUCCUGAAGAAUAUCCUAACUUGUUUGAGCACUGGCAAAUAACCCAUUCUGUUGAAGCUAGAGUUGCGGAGGAAAGGGGUGUAUACCCGCCAGCGGCAGAUUAUGGAAAUUAUGCUGGUAGACCAACUACUAACCUCGUAGAAGCUUUCAGCAACAUGAGAGUGGAUGAAGAACCACUUGAAAAUGGAGAGUUGGAUCAUGAGGUUGCAGAACAGAAUGGUGAUGAGUUGCAAGAACCGGGUGAAGAUGACAUUCAACAAGAGGGCCAAGAAGAGGCUGUUGUGGUGGAUGCUGACUCUACUGAUGGUGCAGUACUCGUUAAUGGAAACGAGGCUGACGAAGAGUGGGGUACGAAUACUGAAGGAAAACCGUCAGCCUAAAAGCAAUUGGUUGGGUUGGUGUGAAAUCCUAGUUUAUUUGCUGGUGAUUAAUUGAAUUUCUUUUAGCUGCUGUAUUUGACCUUCAUAGAUUCCAAAUUCUUCUCUUUUCUUUUUCAUGGUUCCUUAUUUUCAUUGUCUGCCAUUUUGCCUGUUUGCCAAAAGUAAAAUAAACGAGCCCGGAUU